AUGAGCUGCGGACAAUCUUCCUAUUACAGCCUCAGCUGCGGGUCGGGUGGCGGCAGCAUGCGUUCCUCCUGCAGCCGCUUUAGCUCUUCUGGGGGUUCCAGCAGCUUCGGCGGGGGCAGCUCUGGGGGAGCUUGUGGCCGGGGUGGAGGAGGAAGCUUCCGAUCCAGCUACGGUGGAGGAUCUGGUGGGGGCAUGAGCAGCGGUAGUUUUUGCGGAAGCUUUGGUGGAAGUUCCAGACGAUUUGGCGGUGGUGGGUCUGGAGGAAGUUUUGGGGGUUCUGGAAGCUGUGGGGGUGGUUUUGGCGGCGGGUUUGGAGGAGGCUUUGGGGGUGGAUCUGGAGGUGGAUUUGGGGGCUCUGGAGGUGGAUUUGGGGGCUCUGGAGGUGGCUUUGGAGGUGGCUUUGGUGGAGCUGGAGGCAGUGAUGGUGGUAUUCUGGAUGCUGAUGAGAAGACCACGAUGCAGGGCCUCAAUUCCCGGCUGGCCAGCUACUUGGAUAAGGUACAGGCUCUGGAGGAUGCCAACGCUGACCUGGAGAGAAAGAUCCGAGAGUGGUAUGACAAGCAGGGACCCAAGUCCGACCAAAAGGAUUAUUCCUCCUACUAUGAUACAAUUGAAGAUCUCAAGAAUCAGAUUAUGGACCUCACAAUGGACAACAACAAAACCCUCCUGGAAUUGGAUAACACUCGCAUGACCGUAGAUGACUUCAGGAUGAAGUAUGAUAUGGAGCAAGGCUUGCGCCAGACUGUGGAGUCAGACAUCAAUGGCCUGAAAAGGAUUCAGGAAGACCUGCUCAUGAACAAGUCAACCCUGGAGAUGCAAUAUGAGUCUCUUCAGGAGGAGAUGAAGGCCCUCAAGGAGAACCAUGAAGAAGAAAUGAGCCAGCUGACAGGCCAGAACACUGGGGAUGUUCAUGUGGAAAUGAACGCUGCUCCCGGCAGAGACCUCACCAAGAUCCUCAACGAAAUGCGGCAACAGUACGAGCAGAUCAGUGAACAGAACCGCAAGGACAUUGAGCAGCGCUAUGAGUCUGAGAUGGAGCAGAUCGAGCAGCAGGUGAAGAACAGCGACAAGGAGACGGAGUCCAGCCACAAGGAGCUGACCCAAAUUCGACAAAGUGUGCAGGAGCUGGAGAUUGAGCUGCAGUCGCAGCUGAGCAUGAAAUCAGCCCUGGAGAAGUCCUUGGAAGACACCAAGAACCGCUACUGUGGGCAGCUGCAGCAGAUCCAGGAACAGAUCAACAGCCUGGAGGAACAGCUGACUGAGAUCCGGGCAGAGACCGAGUGCCAGAAUCAGGAAUAUAGCCUUCUGCUCUCCAUUAAGACACGACUGGAGCAGGAGAUCAAGACUUAUCGUAAUCUUCUGCAGGAAGGCCAGGAGGACUUUGAAUCUUGUGGAGCUGAACAAAUGGGCCUUGGAGGUGGAUCUCAAGGUGGAAGUGGAGGAGGAAGAGGAGGCAGCUCUGGGGGAGGAAGCAGUGGUAGCCAUGGUGGAGGAAGUAGAGGCAACUAUGGAGGUGGAAGCAGUGGUGGCCAUGGUGGAGGAAGUGGAGGCAGCUAUGGGGGUGGAAAGAGUGGUGGUCAUGGCGGAGGAAGUGGAGGCAACUAUGGGGGAGGAAGCAGUGGUGGCCAUGGUGGAGGAAGUGGAGGCAGCUAUGGGGGUGGAAAGAGUGGUGGCCAUGGCGGAGGAAGUGGAGGCAACUAUGGGGGAGGAAGCAGUGGUGGCCAUGGCGGAGGAAGUGGAGGCAACUAUGGGGGAGGAAGCAGUGGUGGCCAUGGCGGAGGAAGUGGAGGCAGCUAUGGGGGAGGAAGCAGUGGUGGCCAUGGUGGAGGAAGUGGAGGCAGCUAUGGGGGUGGAAAGAGUGGUGGAGGAAGUGGAGGCAGCUAUGGUGGCGGAAGUGGAAAACAGUCCCAGUCUUCUUCCUCUGGCAAUUGUGAUGAUUCCCAAGGCUACUUCAUGCGAUAUUAA